AUGACAACCGAAGUGAUCGAGCUUCUCUCUUCGAGUUCGCCGGAAGCUGCGCCUCCGAAACAAAAGCUGAUCUCCCGAUCCUCUGCAUCCAUUGAAAGGCUUGAUUUUUCCUCCGAUGACAUUGAUGACACGGGGUCAAUUGAUUCCGAGAUCGAUUGGCCGUCCAAGAGACUGCGACGAAGUCCUGAGCCGGAUUCGCAGCCAGAGCAACCUGGAGCAAGUUUUGACAACAACCCGAUGUCAAACAUCACUUUUGAGAUCUCAUCCGACCAUGAAUCACUGCUUCACGCCAAGUUUGAUAUUGCUAUGCAAGCAUCGAAAAGAUCUCCAGAGCGACAGAUCCGGGUUAGCCUUGCCGACGACAUUAUAUUCUCCUCGUCGGCGCCAGAACCGAGGACUAAGGAGCAAAAGAACUUCGAAGCUACCUGGAAAUUCUCGUUGGAUGACUCGCAAGAUGCACUCAUGGACGAUCCGCCCUUCACUUGGUCUGAGCCAACGAGAAUGGAGCUGCAAGAUGAGGUGUAUUCGAAUCGCACGGCCAACCUUUUGGCAAACCUGACGCAGGAAUGUAGCAAGGACGAGAGAGCCAAGUCUCGACUGCCUAAAUCGAAAGCAUCGGAAAAUCGAGGGAAUGGAAAGUCUUCAGCCAAUGUCCUCGAUGACAUUGUAUUUUCGUCAAACCCGGCUCAGCCCAGAACCACGAAAACUUCCAAAUUGUCGGAGUCUGAGAAAGCUUGCAAAGCAGCUGAACGAGCCAGAGCGAAAGCAUCCCGAAGUGCCGAAAUGGAAUCCAAGAAAGAAAGGAAACGGCUGGAACGCGAGCGAAAGGCCCUGGAAAAGCAGAAAGCUGCCGAUUUAGCGGAAGUGAAUAGAACUCGGACGAAUAAGAAAGACGCGGCUCCUGAAAUGAUCGUGGAUAUGUCAAGCUUUCUCAAAGACACCCACGUCGGUAAUCAGGUCGAGGAAUACAUGAAGAAGGUUGAAGUGGAAGUCAACUAUAUCGACGAAGAGGCCAAUCUGAUAGAAGGUAUCCCACAACCAGAUCAAUACGGAAAUAUCGUGACGUGGCGGCGAAAGGUGACGUCUACAUACAACGAUGAAGACGGUCAAUGGGAACCUGCAUCCCGAAGCCGAAUUGUGACGGAGAAGCACGUUUUGAUCCAUCUUCCCGCUGUCGAAUUUGCCGCCAUGGUGGCGGGGCCCAAGUCCGCGUCUACGUCUACAGUGUCAGCCUCACCCACGGAAGCAGAGAUGAAGUUGAAAUUAGACGCUCAUGUGGCGUUGAUUCGGCGCCGGUUUCGGGACUGUAUUCCUAUCUAUCUCAUUGAGGGGCUGAAUGGCUGGCUCAAGAAGAAUGUCAACGCCAAAAGCCGAGACUAUGUAGCUGCCGUUCGGGCUCAGAUGUUGCAGCCUGAAGAGGGCAGCUCAUCGAAUGCGGCACCCAGUGGAACCGAAGCAAGAUCUCGAAAACGAAAGAAAACGGCCAUCCAAUCCCUCGACCUGUCAUUUGUCACCUCUGACAUUGUUGAAAACCUACUACUACAUCUUCAGCUCGCUCAUCAACCAAUAUUGAUACAUCAUACCGUGUCGCCCGGGACCACAGCCUUUCAAAUAUCUACGUUGACUCAGCAUCUUGCCACGCGGCCGUAUCGGUUGGCGCAAUUGAAUCAUAACCUCAAAUUUGCAUCAUUUUGUAUGGAUAGUGGGCAAGUUCGGGCCGGGGAUGAUGCCCAAGAUACGUUUGUCAAAAUGCUCCAAGAGAUACAGCGGGUGACUCCGAGUAUGGCUUACGGAAUCGUGAAUCAAUGGAACACGGUCAGAAAGCUGAUCAACGGCUUCGACCAGCAUGGAAAUCUGUUGCUGGAAGAUGUUCGGAAAAGUGUAAACAAAGACGGUGGGUGGAGUGACAAGAGGUUGGGCCCUAUGAUCAGUCGAAGGCUGUUUAAGGUAUUUAUGGGCAGAGAUCCUUCUACCACAGACGGAAUGUCAUGA